AUGUCUCUCUUGGCUAUUACCCUGUGGCUUUUAUUUUUCUUUUCAUCAUCUGUGGUUCAUUCAGGAGCACAGGGCUCUAGCCGUGGCUCCUUAGGUGAUGGCAUAUGUGCCACUUCUGUUGUUGUUCAUGGUUACAAGUGCCAGGAACUUCAAGUUACAACUGCAGAUGGGUACAUUCUUAGCGUCCAAAGAAUCCCAGAAGGUAGAAGUGGCAAUGGGAAUAAUAAUAAUAAUAAGAAGCAGCCAGUGAUAAUUCAGCAUGGAAUAUUAGUGGACGGGAUGACAUGGCUUUUGAACGGUCCAGAUCAAAACCUGCCAUUGAUAUUAGCUGAUAACGGCUUCGAUGUUUGGAUUUCUAACACCAGAGGCACCAGAUUCAGUCGCCGCCAUAUCUCAUUGGACCCUUCUACUCCGGCGUACUGGAAUUGGUCGUGGGAAGAACUGGGUAGGUAUGAUCUACGUGCUGUUGUGGAGUAUGUGUCCAACCAAACAGGACAAAAGAUUCAUUACAUCGGCCAUUCACAGGGAACAUUGAUAGCUUUGACUGCCUUCUCGGAAGGGAAAUUGGUGAAUAAACUGAAAUCAGCGGCAUUAUUGAGCCCAGUAGCCUAUUUGAGUCAUAUGACCACUGAACUAUUAAAUGUUGCAGCUAGUUAUGGGGGUCAUCUAAUGAUUAAAUUUAUAUUACGCAAUAAUGAUUCAUGCAAAAUGAUAUAUGAUGGCCAUCAACAAUUUCUUAAGAUAGCGACGGUUAUUUUGCGGCGGUUGUGUGAAAUCGCCGCAAAACGACAACCUACGGCGCAUAUAACGGCGGUUAAGGGUUGGGGCCGCAAUCAGGCCGACAUUUAG